GUUGCAAAAAGUUUGGACACCCCUGACAUAAAGGAAAAGGUAGAUAUAGAAAAAAGAAUAUCCAAACACAUGAGGUAAAAAUCAUGACAUAUAUUAUUUACAUUUUUAUUAUUUAUUUUUUUCAAUUUACUUUUUUCAUUCUUUAUAUGCUCUUUUGCCUUAAUUUAAUGAACUAAGUAAAACAAAAUACAUUUUGAACAGUGUUUUAUUAAGACAAUAUAUUAUUUGGAUGUAUGACAUUUUGGUAACUAGCUAAUUAAAAGAAAAGAAAAAAGUCUGCUUUUUUACUCUCAUUCUCAAAAGUAGAAACACGUACAUUCUGAAUUAUAAAGUAUUUUACAUGUGCAUAAGUUGUCAUUAAACAAAGUUAAAAACAUUUAUCAAAUGUAUAUAUCUUCAAAAUGGCUGGUUUACCAUUCAAGAAUAUAAAAAGUGAUGCGGAAAUGGGAGUACAAAUAUUCAGCAUUGUUCAUUUUUCAUUAAAUGUGCUCUUCGUAUUUAUAGAUGAGGCCUUUAAAAAUAGACUGUACUUGUACAUCAGUUUUCUCGUCUUCCGACCACCCAAAGCUCAUUAACACUUCAUGUCAUCAUUCGCACUCAUUCAUACACUGAUGGGACGAGCUACCAUGCAAUGUGCCACCUGCCCAUCAGGGCUCUAACUGACAUUCGUAAUCAUUCAUUCACCGCACGGACGGCCUGCAGGUGCAAUUUGGUGUGAAGUGUCUUACCCAAUGCAGUUGAUGUUGUAUAGCCCAGAAUCACAAAUUACAAAUUUGCCUGAGAGGGCUUUACAAUUUGUACACAUACAACAUCCCUGUCCCGGGACACAUGGACUAGUGGAGCCGGGAAUCAAACUGUCGAUACUCUGAUUGAAGGAUGAGACUGCUCUACCAAUGAACCACAGUCACUCCUAUUUGUAAAUUGGGUUGCAAAGUUUUGUCUUUUUUCAAAAGUGGGUCCCCAGGAAAAAGGUCUGUGAAACACUGCCGUAGGUUAUACAUGAGUACAGAGAAUAUAGUUAGUUGUAUGUUUAUAUGUGUGUUUUAUUUCAAUGAAAUGCAGGCAAAUAUAUCUUAUGUUGUUUUUUAGUUGAUUUACAAUGCACUUCCAUUAUUUUGUGAUGUCAGACAACAGUUUCCUAGCAGAAAGCACCUGUAGGUCUGAAAAUUACAAUAAAUGAUAUCUAUCGGUCAAGCCAGAUGAAACCAACCGGUUACUAAACUUCAAGCAUGUCUUAAAGACAGCUUUAUUGAGAGUGGCCGUAUCAAGCCUGCAUCCCCGUUUUAAAAAGAGGUGUAGUGGAAAGCCCAUUUUAUCACACAUAGAAUUAAACGUGAUGACUCAAACAUAUGUUUUGAGUCAUGUCAUAAAGACAUCAAAACCAGGAUGACCUGCAACUUCCUGAUGUUAAACUUUGCCGAAACAGAAGUAGUUGUACCUGAACAUACAGCAUACAGCUAUUAAGGGAAUCAAGAUGGCUAAUAUUGAAUGAUGUUUUUACGUAAAUAAUUUGUGUUUUCAUGUUGGACCCUCCUUCCACUCCUCUUGAAUGCAUUGAUUUUUUAAAAACUGGACAGCAAUGCAGCCAAUCAAAACCCUCCACCUUCAACCAUGUGAUUUUGAAACCCGGAACAAAAACAACAGCUCCUACGUUUUAGCCCAGACUUUCAGAACACUUUGCAGCGUUUCGAGCUUCAGCCAUUCCAGCUUGUGUUUUCUCAGAAGCAGUAAUGAAGUCGGCUCUGCUCCACGUAACGGUGCCCUUUGUGCUCUGUGUUGCCUGGGCGAACACCAGCCUGUUCGACGAAGUUCAGGUGGACUUGUCUUCUGACCAUUACGCAGAGCCAAUAGUUGCUGGCCUGCCUGGUUUCCUGGCGAUGCCGUGUAACUGUCUGGUCAACCUGGCUUACAUCUACAUAGGACUGUACUGGCUGUGGCCCAGAGGCGUCCAAGAAACUUCGCACAGCCGCUAUAUGAGAGAGGUGUUCGCCCUCAUGGCUGUCCUGUACGGACCCGUGCAGUGGGCACGCCUGGCGCUGCUGCGGCGUGCGCCCGCCGUACUCGACCAGUGGGUCACCUUACCGAUCUUCACAUGGGUUCCGGUGUGGAUCGGCUUCAUAGAACGGGGGCCAGCGAAGUGGAGCGCGCUGCAUGCGGCCGCGCACGAACUCUCCUCUAUCCUCAGCUACGGCCUGGCGCUGACGCACGAGCGGGGCUUCGAGUUGGCGCUGGGGUGUCACGUCGCCCUCGCGAUGUACAAGGGAGUUCGCGUGCAGCUUGCGCACGGGGAUGGUCGCACGCGGAGAUAUCUACUGCUAGCGGUGCUGUCGUGCGCGGGAUUCGUGGUGUUGAAGCUGCUGCACUGGCUCGCUCGGUACCGGCUGUUCCAGAGGCUCACCGGACACUUCUGGUCCAAAGUGUGCGACGUGAUGCAGUUCCAUUUCAGCUUCUGUUUCCUGACCACAUUAACGCAGAGGGCGCAGGGAAAGAUCGCCACACGGCAGGAUUGAGAACCACCGGAGCCGAGGAGCCCGCCAAGAAGACAAGUAGUCGAGAGACUCUUUCAUACAGUGUGAUUUUACUCACAGGCGUGAUUAUAUCAACAACAUCAUAUACUCCAUUGGCUUAGAUUUGCUAAUGCCUUCAUAUUGUAUAAGUGUCCAAAUAUUUACAUAGCAAGAAAAUAAUAGGAAGAAAAACAAAAUCACAGAUUUUGUCCAACAUGGGACAGGGGGGCAUAUGUUGUAGAGUCGUAGACCAAAGAAGAAGAAAAAAGGGGAAAUGUAAAUAUUUCCAAAUCCCUAAAUACCACCUGUCUUAUAGCCUGCACAAUUUAAUGAAAGUGGUGAUGUGCAUACCUUUGUUAGAUAGUAAUCAAUAUGCAAAUAUUGGCCCCCGCACACUGAAAGGAUUAACAUCCAAAAUACUUAUUUGUUGACUCUUUCUGUUUUAUAAAUGAUCUUGUAUUAAGUACACUUAAACACUUGUACAUCGUAGUUCGGUAAAGUUAGAAAGAUAUUCACAGAUUCACUCAAUAGCUCUCUCGCAAAACGGAGUUAAAACACAAACGACACCUCUGUGACCGUAGUGAUGUCGACAACAAGCUACAACCUUAAUUUUACCAAAACCGUCCGGUCUCCGAACUGGACGAAUAACAUUGGUCUCAAUGUGCGGCCAGCUGUGGGACCUGAGCCCAGGGACCGUCUGCAAAAAGCAAUCCAGGAAAUACGUAUUCAAAUAAUUAUUCAAUCUCUCCACUGUAAAAUGGUGUCGGCUGACAUAUUUGAAUUUUCAUACAUCAUUGGUCUACCCUUUGUUGUACUACAAGUGUUAUUUUGAAAAAGAAAUGGGAUUUAAAAUAAUUUAUAUGAAUUAUUAAGAAUAUGUUAUGGAAACAAUAUUCAAUAGCUUCACUGUAAGAUGGUGCAGGGUGGAAUAAGUAAUAGCAUACAUUCAAUGGGCUCUUUUUUUGUUGUACUACAGCUUUCAAUUUGAAAACAAAUUAUUUGGAAUAAUUAUUAUGAAUUAUUGAAAAUAUUUUAAGGAAACAAUAUUAAAUAGUUUAACUGUAAUAGGGUGAAAUCAUUUCCCCACAUCAAUGGGCUCCACAUUGAUGUAGGAAAAUACAUCAAAUUUUGAAUAUUUUAUGGAAACAAUAUUCAAUAGCUCCACUGUAAGAUGGUGUACGCUGAAAUCAUUAACAUCAUAGAUCAAUGGGCCCCUCUUUGUUGUACUACAGCUGUCAUUUUGGAGAAAAAAUAUUUAUAAUUAUUAUUAUGAAUUAUUCUAAAUAUUUUAUUGAAACAAUAUAUAAUAACUUCACUGUAAUAUAAUGUAGGCUGACAAAAUUCAUUUCCUACAUCAAUUUCCUCCCCUUUGUUGCACUAUAACAGCUAUAUUGAUGACGUGAUUUUGUAUAAUUUUAAAUAAAAUUAUGUUCAACCACCAA